AUGUCAGGAUCUUCCUGGUGGCAACCAUAUAUUAGUAGUCCUUCAUCAGUUAAUAAACUUACAAGACCUAAACUUGAAGAAUUAUACAAUAGAUCUCUUGAUCACCUUCGCCAACUUUCUGAAAAAGAAAGUGAAAUUUAUUCAAGCAUGAGAGAUCUUUCUGCUAAAUCAUCACAAUCAAUGCAUCAACUCUCGGCGUUAGGAUCCCCUAGAGGAACACAAAAAUCAACACUAAUCGUUAGUUCUGAUAAACGAGUUGCUCAGCUAUGUAAAACAAUUAAUUCACUCAACGCAGAUAGGGAACAACUACAUGAAGAAAUUAGAAUCUUACAAGAAAUGCUUAUGAAACUUAACGCAAACAUAAACAAAGAUAAAUUUACACCAGCUGACUUACUUUAUUCAUACACAUUUGAAAAUCCACAGAUGAAAAAAAUCUGCGAGUGCAUUGUUGAUUUGAACAAUUCUACUCAAGAUGAAACAGAUCACGAAGAUUACUUGUUUAUCCUUGAUCUAUUCUCAGAAAAUACACUUCAGCUCCUUCAACGACGCAUUGACAAGACAAAGCCAGUUUACAACCAAAGAAUUAAUGACUAUUUAGAUGAUAUUGCUACUUUAGCUGCAGAAAAACAGCUCGCACAGAACAGAAUACAGGAUCUUAACAAUAAAAUCGAUAGUAUACCACCACCUGAGACGGUCAAUUACGAUGAUAUUGAAUCUUUGAUCCAUCAAAUUGACGAUCUUGGUGAUACAGCUGGCCGACUUGCUGCUGCUAGACGUAAAAAUGAUGAUCUCAUGGCACAGAAGCGUCUUAUUGCAGAAGAUGAGCCUCUUCUCAACAUGAUUCCAAAUAUUGCAGAUAAAAUCGAUACAAUUGAUGUAAAUGAGCUCAAGGAUGAGAAAGCCAGAGAGAAAGAUAGGAAUACAGCAUUACAACAACAUAAUGAAGAUCUUAUGAAGCGUUUCCAGGUACUUACAGAAAGAAAUUCUCCAAAGAAAGCUCCAACAUCAGCAAGAGGCAGAAAAGGAAGCAAAGUUAACAAAUCCCCAACAGUUCCUGCUGAUAUGUGCACUCGUCUUGCUUCUUUGAACGUAAAUCCAAUUGAUGUCCAAAGCGUAUGGAAUUGGUCACAAUCUACAAGACUCGAAGACUUAAUGAAUGAUAUUAACUCUCUUACAGAGCAUAAACAGCUUCUUACAAAUAGAAGAGAUUCUUUGCAGAGAAAGAUUCAACAAUUGAAUGAACUUCUUGCAACUCUCGAUCAACAUAUCGAAGAAUAUAAUAAAGUCAUUCAAGAAUCAAAGAGAGCUGAAGAAGUUGCUGAAUAA